UUGGUUGGAUUUUUUUUUUACAUCGGGAUCGUUGUUCUAUGAGGAAACAAAACAUGUGCUACUUCCGGUGUAACACGAAGAAGAAUGUCACAAAGCAAAUUUGCCCAAAAAGAGUUGAAAAAAUUUGGUUGGAAAGAAGGUUCAGGCCUCGGGAAGAAUGAGAAUGGAAUGAAAGACGCCAUUAAAGUCAAGAUAAAGAAGGACGGUCAUGGGGUCGGGCACAACACAGGGGAUGAGUUCACAUUUCACUGGUGGGACCAUGUAUUUAACAAGGCCGCCAACAGCAUUGAAGUGAAUACCACAGAGGAGGGGGUGUCUGUGAGGAAAUCUAAGGACAGUGGAGGGGUGUCCACGAAGAAAGCUCGGACGUUUGACAACAAGGCCAUGCUGUACGGACAAUUUGUCAAGGGAGCAACACUAGACAACAAUGAGGAAACCCAUGUAGAAGCCUCCACAGACAUAGAAUACACAGAAGAGGACAAACAGUGCCUCCAAAAGUUGGCAGAUGAGGAGAUUCUAAAGAUUUGUGGGGGAAUGACAGCACACAAAGGAGCUAGGCAUGGACUUAAAUUGAAUGGUAAACUAGAUCGAAUUCAGGAGCAAGAGCGCCUUCUAUUGGAGAAGUGGAAAAGUAGAAAAGAAAAAAACAGAGAGUUAGACCAAUCAAAAUCAGUGUCUUAUAAUGCUGUGACAGUGAACUCUGUGAGUAAACCAGAAGAUAAUUUGUUAUGUGGAGAAACCAAAAAGAAAAAGAAGAAGAGGAACAGGGAAAAAGGAAAAGACAAUGGAUUAGAGGAAGGAGUUUCUAACAAAGAAAAAAGUGAUUUCAAUGAAUGUACCGAGAGUACUGAGAGGCAGAUAUGUGGGGAAACUGAUGUAGUAGAAAAGAAGAAAAAGAAAAGAAAGAAGAAAAUUGCAGAGUCUGAAAGUGAAAGUAUGGAACUAAGCUGUGAAAGAGAAACUUCAAAUGUAGCAAAGAGGACAAAAAAGAAAAAAAGUAGAAAUUGAAAUUUUUAAUUUUUCAAAAAUUAUUUGCAUUCUAUAAUUUUUAUUUUAUGUACAUUGUUAA